UUUAACGUCGUUUACGGACGUGAUGGUUGCUAUAAACAGGGGUCCGAACCUCCAACGCUUGCCUGGAAAGGUACCUGAUCUCCUUUGCCUCAUAGAAAAGAUUCAAGGAGAAAAGGAAAAGGGAGAAAAAAGGCUCUUAGAUCCUCAUUGUAUCAGGCCCUGGAUUGAACACAAGAUUCCUCUCAUUCUCGUGCUUUUCUUUCCCUUUCUUUAUUUCCCAUCUGCCCCAUUCUUUUGCAUUAUUGUGUUUGUUUGGAGAUUCUUUCAAGAUGGAAUGGUCUGCAACAUCCGCUACAAAAGCAUAUCUCGAGACCUUCCAAUUGUGUAAUAAUCUGAACAAGCUAAGUGACUCGUGGAAAACACAAGAGCCUGGAAGCAAUGAGUUCAUAUCAGCCUUAGCAGCUGGCAUGAAAUCAAAACUGAUAGUGGAGGUUAAAUCUAGUGUAUCACCAUCCACAAUAGCAUUAGCCACCGCGGCAAAACAUACUGGGGCCAGGUUCGUCUGCAUUCUCCCGGAGACUGCCCUUCUUGAAGCAAAAAGAGAAACUAAAGAUUCAGGUCUAAUAGACAUUGUAGAAUUUAAAACCGGAGACCCCACCGAGAUUCUGCAAAAUUAUGAAAAAAUUGAUUUUUCUUUGGUAGAUUGCAAGAAUGAUGACUACCCAAAGUUGUUAAAGAUGAUAAACGUUAAUCCCAAAAAGGCAGUAGUAGUGGCUAACAACUUGGCGAGUGACAAGGAAGGCUUCGGAGGUCAUGUCAAAGGAAUGAAGGAUAAGGUAACAGUGAGGUCUAUGAAGCAUCCCAUUGGGAAAGGAAUGGAAAUUACUACUAUUGGAAGAACCAAUAAAAGUGAAAGGCGAGAUCGGGGUGGUGGAGGUCAGUUAGGAGCAGAAAGAAGGGGAAUUCCCAUGAAGAAGACUGCUAAUGCUAAUAGCAAAUGGAUCGUUAGAGUUGAUGAGGAGAGUGGUGAGGAACAUAUAUUCAGGCCGCCAAGAUCUCUUUAGUUAACCUUUUCUCUACCCAAAAAGUUAACAUUGCACUGCACAACUGUGAGCUUGAAAUCAAGUUUCUUUUGUUUAGAAGCUGUGAAUUCUGACUUCUGAUAGCUGGUGGGGGGAUUUAGACAUAUGCUCUGGCAGCCGUGACAAUGAUCUCACAAGCCAAUUAUCACUUCUUUAAUAGUGAUGAUAUAUAUAGAAGGCUUAAUUAGAAAGCAUGCGUUUACGGUAUAUUUUCUGCUCUCCAAUCGCUACAGCAUGUCUGCAAAUGGUGAUAUUGCAUCCUGUGAUGUUCCAGAGGAGAAAUGAAGGAGGCCUAGUGAGGAGUAGCCAAAGCUGGGGCCCUGUCCAGUUAACUCUCUGCAGCUUUCUCCAAUGCAAUGCUAACUUAAUUUGCUAAUGCCAUCAAAAUCUCAGCGGGUGCCACAAAUUUAAGUUAAUAGGUUGUUUGUUGUACAUCUUGUGCAAACAGGUUUUAUGUAGUGUGUUUUUCAUGGUUAGCUCUCAAAUAUAAUAAACAUUUGUAAUUCCAUGGCCAAAAACAUGUCCCAGGCAUAAUUUCAAUGGCAAAAAGCAGGUUGUUAAAUGAA